AUGAACAGCGAAAUUGCAAGCCCAAACCUAAAUGCCACCACCGCCACUACCACUGUAAACGGGAACCCUCAUGCCGGCAUCGGCGUGGAUGCGGAUUUGAAUGCAGAUUUAAACCUCCCUACGGUGGACGAACAAAGACAAUACAAAGUACAACUACUACUGCACAUCAAUAGCAUACUGCUUGCCAGAGUUAUCCAGAUGAACAACAGCUUGCAAAACAGUCUACAGAACAAUAUAAAUAACAGUAACAACGAAAACAUCAUUAGAAUACAGCAACUUAUAUCCCAGUUCCUCAAAAGGGUCCAUGCCAAUCUACAAUGCAUAUCCCAGAUAAAUCAAGGCAUCCCUUCGGCUAAACCGUUGAUUCUCUCUCCCCCUCAACUGGCCAGGCAGCAACAGCCUCCGCAGGACAUCCUCGCCAAACUCUAUCUUCUAUUGACUAGAGUGUUCGAAAUAUGGUAA